AUGUCUUAUCAAGAUGCUAUGGCAGUCGUUAGUAAGUUUGGUAAACCUGACCUUUUUAUUACGUUCACCGCCAAUCCAAAUUGGAAAGAAGUGAAAGAAAAUUUAUUGCCAGGUCAGCAAACGGCUGAUAGACCGGACUUAAUCUCGCGAGUUUUCCACCAUAAAAUGAAUGCUCUCCUGACAGAUAUUGAAAAAAACAAUCUUUUUGGAAGCGUUGCAGCUUACGUCGCAGUUGUGGAAUGGCAAAAAAGAGGUCUUCCACACUGCCACAUUCUAGUAAGCCUUCACAGCAAAGAUAAAAUUCGAACUGCGCAUCAAGCAGAAAAGUUUAUAAAAGCAGAAAUUCCAGAUCAAGAUUUAGGUCCAGAACUUUAUGAAAAGGUAACAAAACAAAUAAUGCAUAGAGUUUGUUUUUCGUUGGUCGGAGAUUCGGCUCCUUGCUAUGAAUCAAUCAACGGAUUAAAAAAAUGCAGUAAAGGAUACCCUAAACAAUUCAGUGAGAAUACUAUUCUUAACGAAGAUAGUUAUCCAUGUUAUCAAAGACGUGAUGAUGGUAAGUUUUACGUACAUAACAAUUUUAGGCUCGAUAAUAGAUAUGUAGUUCCCUACUGUCCAUAUCUCCUGAACAAAUUCAACUGUCACGUAAAUGUGGAGGUCUGUGGAAUGAUUAAGGCCGUUAAAUAUUUGUUCAAAUAUGUUUAUAAGGGGCAUGAUAAAGCACGUUUACGUUUAGAGAACAAUCAAGAUGAGAUAAGCAGCUUUGCCGAUGGAAGAUAUAUAUGUGCUCCCGAAGCUGUUCAUAGAAUUUUAGGUUAUAAAAUAGAGCGGCGUUCACAUUCUGUGUUCUGUUUGCACGUUCAUGAGCCGAACAAUAGAUUGGUCCGAUUCCAACCUGGCCAAGAAAGGGAAGCUGUUGAUAAAGCGAAUGAGGUUCAUAGCACUUUGGAAGCAUGGUUCGAGUUAAAUUUGAACAGAGAAAAAUGUCACUAUGAUUUUGAUCCACGUUCCCUAUUGUAUACUGAAAUUCCGAAACAUUUUAUUUUUGCUUCAGGAAAAUGGAAUGCUAGGAAACGUUAUAGUAAACCUGUUAUAGGACGAAUUCAUUAUGUUUCACCACAUCAAACAGAACGAUUUGCUUUGAGAAUGUUACUGCUAUCUAGAAAAGGAAUUACUUCUUUCCAAGAAAUGAUGACUGUUGAUGGCGAAUUGUUCUCUAGUUUUUCAGAAACAGCUAAGGCAAUGGGUUUGUUGUUUGAAGAUGAUGGUUUAAAAAAACAAUUAAUGAGGCAGCUGCUUAUCAUAUGCCUUUUGAACUGA